CUGUGGGCUCACCUGCAGGCUCCACUCAGUCCCAACAGUCUCGUUCAGGCUCCGGGCCCAUAUCUCCUGCCAGCGGCCCGACUGCUGGCGCCAACACACCUGGCUCCACCUCAAACCCACAGAGCUCUGGGAAUGGAUCGGAUGGAUCCCGCCCACCAGUCACCCGCUCACCUAUGGCUCAAGAGCGCGGGUUCAUGUCCAACAUGCCGAGGAACCAGGCUGGCUCUCAGUUCCCUUUGUAUCCCGGGAUGGGUCCCUACUCCCAAAGUGGCCCCACAGGCCCUUAUGGACCUCAAGAAACCCAGUAUGGACAUCAAGGGAACUAUCCUCGGCCCUCCAACUACUGUGGACCUACAAGUGCCAACUACAGUGUCCCUGGCCCAGGCAUGAACAACAGUUUGGCCAUGAACGCGAGCAGCCCCGUACACGGCCAUGGCGCCGGUCAACCCAUCCUCGGAGGACGCAAUCAUGGACCGGGAAACCACAACAGAGGGUACCCAACCGUGGCACCCAGCUCACCAGGCAUGCCUCAGCCCGCAGGACCAGGAAUGGGCCCUCCAGCUUCGGGCACUUCUAACCGUAAGACACAGGAGGCAGCGGCGGCAGCCACCGUGCCAGGCUCAAUCAAUGCAACGCACAGCAGGCAGGGCAGCUCUCAAGGACCGAGCAUCAGCCAGCCAAGCACCACAGUCCCCUACAGCCGGCCAGCAGGCAACAAUCUUUCAGCCGUGGGCAAUGCACAAGGUCCAGCCUACAAUGUGAUGCCUUCAGAAAUGAAUGAAUCACACAAAACCAGCAGCAGCAGCAGCAGCAGCAGCAAGUCACUUGAGAAGGCGUUGAGCGAUCAUGGAGCCAUUGGAAUGUCUGAGGAGAGGGUGUUGAGCCCGGAUGGGAAAAUGAAAGCAGAUGCAAAAGAUGCCAAUGGCUCUGCCAACGACACUCAUAAACCAAAGCUACACGACGGUCACAAUAACAGCACCGCCGGCGCCCAGCAGUGUGCGUCGCAGCCGGCCACGCCAGGCAGUGCUCUGCCCGUCUCCUCCCCGCUGUCACCCAGCCCAGCCAGCUUGUCCUCCUACCACGGAGAUGAUAGUGACAGCAUAAGCAGCCCUCCUUGGCCCGUCAAGGCCCCUCCAAGCCCAAAAGCCAACCCAAACUCGUCAACGUCCGGCGGCGAGCGAGUCUCGCGACUGUACGAGCUAGGUGUGGAGCCAGAGAGACGGAUAUGGGUGGACCGCUAUCUGUCCUUCAUGGAGGACAGAGGAACUCCGGUUUCCCAGCUGCCAAUUGUGGGGAAGAAGCCUCUGGAUCUCUGGAAACUCUACAUCGCUGUUCGGGAGAUUGGAGGCCUUGCCAUGGUAAACAAGAACAAGAAGUGGCGGGAACUGUCCACCACGCUGAGCGUGGGAACAUCGAGCAGCUCAGCAAGCUCGCUCAAAAAGCACUAUAUCCAGUUCCUGUUUGCCUACGAGUGUAAGAUGGAGCGAGGUGAAGAGCCUCCAGCCGACAGUAGCAGCAGCAGCAGUGGAAGCGUGGCUGCGGUGGACAGCAGGAAGCAAGUCAAGAUCCAGCCUCCCUCACCUGCAAACUCAGGCGGCUCCCUACAAGGUCCACAGACGCCGCUAUCGUCUGGCAGCAGUUCCACUGCAGAAGGUCCAGUGGACCUCUUACCCCCCAUCCGUGCGACCACCCCUCUUGGACAGGGCACACCUGUGCCUUCAAACAGGAGCAGCGUGAGUGUGCAGGAUCCCUUCUCAGAAGUCAGUGACCCAGCUUUCCAGAAGCGGGCUGCCUCUCUGCCACCCUCUGCUUCAUACCAGCAAGGCCUCGGCAUGCCUGACAUGAUGAUGAGGAUGCAAUACGAUGCCAAGGACCCCUUUGCCGGCAUGAGGAAGAUGGCAGGAGCAGAUCCCUACAUGCCUGGCCAGAUGCCGCCUGGAGGCGUGCAGGACGUGUACGGACGGCCCCCAGCAGCCCUUAAUAUAAGUCAACGCUCGCAGUAUCCAUACGGACCAGGCUAUGACAGGAGACCGGACCACUUGAUGGAGAUGGAGGGGGGCUUGGGUCCACCUGGCAGUCAGAACAGCAUGGCACCUCACAGUGAGGGUAACAUGUAUUCUUCCAGCCGAUAUGCUUCACAGCAGAGACAUGAUGGCUACAGUCCGCAGUAUCCUGGCAUGCCGUAUGGGAUGCAUCCUUCUGGGAUGUACCAACAGCAACAGGGCUACAAACGAUCCAUGGACGGUAUGUAUGGUCCUCCACCCAAGAGGCAUGAGAGUGAGAUGUACGGAAUGCACUACUCCAACCAGCAGGCAGAGAUGUAUAAUCACUACGGCGGGGGCUAUUCAGGCCCAGAUCACCGACCCAUCCAAGGGCAGUUCCCUUACCCUUACCCCCGCGAUCGUAUGGGUUCUUCAGUGCCAAGCCAGCAUGGAAUAAUGGGCGGGGGGCCUCCUCCGAACCACACCGCCGAUGGUCCCAACAUGUGGCCAUCCAGGACAGACCUCGGUUAUCCCUAUCCCAAUCGACAAGGACACCCAUCCCAAAUGCCCCCUUACGGCUCAAUUGGCAGAGAUGACAUGGAUGGGCGACCGGGGCAGGAUCAAUGGCAUCGGCAGUCUCCUUACAUGACAUCAUCAGGCGGUAUGCCUCCAUUUUCAUCCCGCCACCCGCCAUCCGCUUAUUCCAACUCACAAUCCAUGGCAAACCACCUGCCCAGAGCUCCCAGUCCGGGAUCUUUCCAACGCGCCUUGGACUCUCGCGCGUCACCCAGCAAAGCCGCUUUCCUGUCAGCCAUGAAGAUGUCAAAGCCUGGGAUGUCCAUGAUGGGCUCUCAGGGAUGUGGACCUCUGAGUCAGUUCCCUCACAACCUGAGAAGGGACCUCAACAACCCACCGGGAUCCGUGGAGGGCACCAUGCCAAUUCUCAGGCCUCGACGCAAGCUUACCUCCAAGGACACAGGAAUGCCCGAGGCCUGGCGUGUGAUGAUGUCGCUGAAAUCUGGCCUCCUAGCAGAGAGCACAUGGGCGCUUGAUACCAUCAACAUUCUGCUUUAUGAUGACAGUACCGUUGCUUCGUUUAAUCUCUCCCAGUUGCCUGGCUUCCUGGAGCUCAUCGUCGAGUACUUCCGCCGGUGCCUGAUUGAGAUCUUUGGAAUCCUGCAAGAGUUUGAAGUAGGGACGGUGACAAAGGAAAGCUUGUCGGACCUCAACUGCGACCAGAAAGAAAAAACUAUCUUGGACAGUGAAAUCAAACCCGCGGUACAAGCUACAUCUGAAUCGAUCCCAGCUCUUGUAGUGCCGGAGGAACUACCAGGAAACACUAUGAAGGAAUAUCUUGCUGUUACUGGAGAGCCCCUUUCAGCUGAUGGGAUCAAUAAACCAGAUCAGUGUGUACAAAAAGAUGGAGACAAAGACACGAAAGCAGAGGGGAAAAGUGAGCAUGAUGUUGAGCUGCCUGCAAUGGAAAUAGAACCAAAACCCAAACAAGCUAGCAAAUAUGAUAAGUUCCCCAUCACCAUUGUUCACAAAGACGACCUGAGUGAAGACAUGACAGAAGACCUUGUCGAGUUCACGAGUGGGCUGCUCCACUGGCAAGCUGGUGGAGGCGACACCACGGCUCACAUUCAGACCUACUUUGAGCCCCGCCGUGAGCCACCCAACAGAGCGCAGGACAAGAUGCUCAAAGAAAGCAGGGAGGUCGACGAAGAGGAGGAACCGAGGAAACGUAUCACGGCUACCAUUGAUGACGUCCUGUGCGCGCGCGUCGACGCCCUUUCAAACGCCCACCCCGCUCGCUCGCUGCCGUCCUACCCUUUCCGGGUGCAUCCGGAUGGUGAGCAGGACCACAUCACCUUGCUGGAGGAUGAACCACGAUGCCUGGAUGAAACCCCGCUGUCCACAAGCUCCGCCUGGCAGGACUCGUUAGCCAAACGCUGCCUCUGCAUCUCCAACAUCGUCCGCGGCUUGUCCUUCAUCCCGGGGAACGACUCGGAUAUGUCGAGACAUCCCGCUCUGGUUCUUCUUCUGGGCAAGCUCCUCUUGCUGCACCAUCAGCACCCUGAGAGGACCAGGUCGUCCCCCAGCUAUCAAAGAGAUGAUCAGCAGGACAAGGGGCUGUCCAGCAGUAAAUACGAGUGGUGGUGGGAGUGUCUGAGUCAGCUCAGGGAGAAUGCAAUGGUCACCCUGGCUAAUAUCGCAGGCCAGCUGGAUCUCUCCACUUACGCCGAUACCAUCUGCUUUCCCAUCUUGGACGGCCUCCUCCACUGGAUGGUGUGCCCUUCGGCCGAAGCCCAGGACCCCUUCCCUUCGUCGGUGGCCUACUCCCAACUCACCCCUCAGAGGCUGGUUCUGGAGUGCCUUUGCAAGCUGAGCAUCCAGGAAGGUAACGUGGACCUCCUCCUUGCCACGCCUCCUUUCAGUCGACAAGAGAAGCUCUUCACAGUACUGGUCCGCUACGUCGGUCAGAGAAAGGCCCAAGUGUACAGGGAGAUGGCAGUGGCCAUCACCUCCCACCUGGCACAGGGAGACCCAACCGCGGCACGUGUCAUAGCCAUGCAGAAAGGCAGCGUCGGUAAUUUGGUCUCCUUUUUAGAGGAUGGCGUCAGCAUGGCCCAGUACCAGCAUAACCCUCACAGCUUAUUGCACAUGGGACACCCGCACAUGGAUCCACCGAGUGUGAGCAUGUUGUGUAGAGCAGCGAAAGGCCUGUUGGCCAUGGCCAAAGUGGAGGAGAACAAAACUGAAUUUGUGCUCUACGAAAGCAGAUUGUUAGACAUUUCCAUUUCUUCCGUAUUGAACGCUGGAGUAGUGGCGAUUAUUUGCCAGGUUCUCUUUCACCUCGGGAAAUUAUGACAGGAGCAGAGGCAAGACUUUGUUGGCAGACAUUAAGGUGGACAGACUGUUUCACUUGUUUUGCUAUUUUUAUUCAUCAAACUGAUAAAACGUGUUUUUUUUUUGUUUGUUUUUUUAAUUAUUCCACUUAAAACAGAAUAUCUAUGUACCGUAUGCCCUCUCAGCCCUGUUGUGGGGUUGGUUUCAUUUUAAUAUAAAUAUUUAAUACCUGCUGGUGUUGGUCAUUGCUAAUUACGUUUGACAUUUGUUUACUUUUUUCACCCAAAGCUAUCACCAGAUUUUGGUGCUGACUUUCAUCGAAGAGUUUCUUUUCGGUUUUAUAAAAGUUAAAAUAUGCUCAUCUACGUUUUGUUAAUGGAGAGUAUUUAUUUAAAAAUGUGACACUGUACAGGAGUUUGAACUUUUUAUCAGCCCUUGUGGGAAAAAUAACACACUGACUGAUUUGAGAUCUUUAUGUCUCGGUCGCUGGAAGAGAACUUGUGCAAUAGGACUAGAACAAGUGGUCCCUUCUAUGAACCUGAUGAUAAAAACACACCUGCAGUGUGUAUUUUAGGCCACAAGGAGGCAGCUUGCACCCACUAAUCAGCUUGAGAGAAGUGCACCUGUCAAAAAAAAAAAAAAAGAGAAACGUCUAAUUUAUUAAUCAUUGCCUCAACGACUUUCGAACUUUUGUCUCAUCUAUGCUCGUUACAUCUUGUCUGUAUUGUUUCAUCACUGUAUACAAACUGUACGACGGAGGCACAUGGUUCCUUCCAUCUCAAUCAAGCAUAGCAAGAACUGGGACGAUGAACAAACGCUUUUAUUGUUGUUCAACAUUUGUUAUUGUUACUAUGAGUAUUUUGUUAAUGGGGUCUGAUAUUCGAACAUGGUAACCAAUGUUUCAAUGUAAAAAAAAAAAAAGAAUAAGAAGAAUAAUGAUAAAAGCCUGUAUGCAUUGUAUUAUAGCUGAGAAAACAAUCGCUUUGGUAAUCAAACAUGAAAAGUGCCAGGGUGAGAGGAUACAUAGUCGAGGUUAUAUUAAGAGUACCGAACACAUUUCUUUUUGGUAACGUCCUCCAUUCACAUUAGUGGGCAUAUUUUGGAAUGCUCUAUAAAAAGAAAUAUGUUACCUACAAGAUGGUUAAAAAUGCUCAUUGUAAAAUUGGCCUUUUUUCAUAUGCCUACAGUAUGUCUCUUUUAUCCGGUAUAUACAUUUAUACUCUGUGCUGCACAUGUCACAAAUAAAUGUACGAUGAACAUCA